UUCCCACUCAACGCCUUCAAAAGCCUGUGGAAUAGUAGCCGCGACAUGCGGCGAGGCUUUCCUUUCGCGCUCUUUUAUGCCGACGUUCGGUUUACUGUCGGCCUCGGUUUACUGUCGGCCUCGGUCGACGCGUCGGUUUUUCGCAGCUUAAACACUCGCAACUCGUCUCGUUCUGACCUUCCUCGCCUUGCUUCCUAACUCGCAUAGACAUCUUUCUUUACUCUACGCUUCUCUCUUUGUUCUGCCAGCGUGCGCUUUUCCUGCCUCUAACACCCAAGAUGGCGACCCAAGACCGACCCAACAUCAUUUUCAUAAUGGCCGACGACCACGCCUCGAAAUCAAUCUCAUGCUACGGCGCCGGAAUCAACCAUACGCCGAACAUUGACCGCCUGGCACAAGAAGGCAUGCUCUUCAACCACUGCUACGUCACGAACAGCAUCUGCACACCCUCGCGCGCUGCCAUUUUGACCGGAACACACAACCACGUGAACCAGGUGAUGACGCUAGAUUCGAAGAUCAACAAGCGGUUGCCCAACGUUGCGAAACACCUCCGAACAGGAGGUUACCAAACUGCUAUGGUUGGCAAGUGGCAUCUCGGAGAGGGCAAGGACCACGAGCCUACGGGAUUCGAUCACUGGAGCGUGCUCCCGGGUCAGGGCGAGUACUAUGACCCGCUGUUUAUUGAGCCGUCCGGCACCAAACGCGUGCCAGGAUACGCGACCGAUGUCAUUACGGAUAAGAGCAUAGACUUUAUCAAAAACCGCGAUAAAUCACGGCCUUUCUUCGUCAUGUGCCACCACAAGGCGCCACACCGGAGCUGGGAGUGCGAUCCGAAGCACAAGCAACUGUACACUGAGCCGGUCCGGCUUCCCGACACUUUCACAGACGACUACAAGAACCGAGCGAAGGCGGCGAAGAUUGCAAAGAUGCGGGUUGCCGAGGACCUAACGUACCAUGAUCUAGGCUUGGUACAGCCAGAUGGCGGGAGGGAAGUCGGAGAGAGGGUAAUCGAUACAUGGUGGUGGAACGACCGCAAGAUCCCCGCCCCCUCAGACGUCACCAAGCUCCGCCUAAUCGGCAAAGAUGACGGCAAAGCCUUCACCUUCAAAUCCCCCUCCGAGCUCGCCGAGUUCAAAUUCCAACGCUACAUGCAACGCUAUCUCCGCACCAUCCAGUCCAUCGACGACAACACCGGCCGCCUGCUCGACUUCCUCGACGCUGAAGGCCUCGCCGAAAACACAGUCGUUAUAUACACAUCCGACCAGGGCUUUUUCCUCGGCGAGCACGGCUGGUUCGACAAGCGCUUCAUGUACGAGGAGAGCUUCCAGAUGCCGUUUCUCAUCCGCUACCCGAAGGAGAUACUGCCCGGGUCUAUGUGCGAUGACAUUAUCUGCAAUGUUGACUUCGGGCCUACGUUUCUCGACUUUGCGGGGCUGACGCAGCCGAGCUAUAUGCAGGGCGUUAGUUUCCGCAGUUUGCUGAAGGGUCAGACGCCGCCGGAUUGGCAGCAGGUCGCGUACCAUCGGUAUUGGAUGCACAACGAUGUCAUCCAUGAGGCUUAUGCGCACUAUGGGGUGAGAGACAAGCGGUACAAGCUGAUUUAUUGGUAUAAUGAGGACUUUGGGCUUGAGGGCGCGAGACCGGGUGGUCAAGAGCAUAAGGAGUGGGAGUUGUUUGAUUGCGAGGAGGAUCCGCUGGAGCUGUUUAAUGUGUAUCGUGAGCCGGGGUAUCGGCAGGUGGUGGAGAGGAUGACGAGGAUGUUGGAAGAUAAGAUGGCGGAGAUUGGGGAUGAGUCGGUGCAUCCGAAGUUGUUGCCGGGGGUGGUGGAGGGUCCAAAGCUGUAGGUUGUUGGUUGAAGGGGAAUGGGAUUUUCUGUUAGGCACCUGGAUGAUGUUGAUUUCUGCGAGGAAGCAAGAUGAGGAUAGACGAUGGAGUUACGGGGAGAGGGCGGCGCCUCUUCAUGGAUAUGAGCCCUGAAGUUUUAGUUGUUGAUAGAGGGAGACGCGAAUCCUCU